AUGCAAAAGUUUGCCGCUUGUCCCAAAUGUGCCUCGACGGCUUCACUGGCCGGAUCCAAUUUCUGUUCGACUUGUGGAGCACGACUAACGGAAGAACCAGAAGUCGAAGUACCCAUGGCACCCGCCGUUCCAGUCGAUACUGUCGCAGCACCAUCCAUACAAGCCGUAUCCGCUGAAGCCGUGGCAGAAGCUCCCAUGACGUCGGUACGAGUUCCAAACACUAGCGAACCCGUGCGACCCGGUCUGGAUCCCUUUGUCCAAUCGACCGUCACCAUGCGAACCCUGGAAAUGGAAUCCGCCGUCUUCUACAAAAAACCAACCGCAGCCAUGCUCGACGGAUUUGCCAAGAGCAAAGCCAUGGGAGGAAUUCUCGUCAUUGAAACAUCCGAUCUAAAGGGAAAAUUCACCGUCCCCAAGACCAUUCAAGUGGGACAAAUACUCAAUGGUGCCAAAAUUGACAUGAGCAUUGCCGAUUUUGUACAUCCCGUCACUACCAUUGUGGCGGGAUCGGUGCUGGGGUCACUCAGUAUUACCGUGCCAAGAGGAGUGCGAGUGGAGAGUCACGGUAUUGCUCUCUUGGGAGCAUUUGGUGGAUUAAAGGAAGGACAAACGGUCCAUGCUGGACAAAUUGAAAAUUCACCCCUCGUUGUCAUUAAAGGGGUGACCAUUUUGGGAGGUGUCACCGUCAAAGUCAAUAAUGAAGUCAUGUCAAUUCGUGUGGUAGAAUGA